AUGUUUCGAAGAUCACUUCUAUCAUCGUCUUCCAUUUUAAUAUCUUCACCUGCAUUAGCUGUACUGUAUUUACAAGCAUCAUCAUCGUCAUCAUCAAUAAAUUCCCUUAAAAAGUACUCCAAGAAGUAUCUGAAUCGCAAUCAGCCCACAGAAAUUGUAUCAAGUAAAAUGUCAAACAACAAUGGAAUCACAAUUGGAAAUGGAAAUUUAAUGGAAUUAUCAUCAUCAUCAUCAUCAUCUGCUCCAGUAGAAACUCCAAUAGAAACUCCAAUUCCAUCUACUCCAUUAUCGAACUUAACAUAUGAAAACUUGCAUAGUAGUCAUAAUGACAAUGAGAGAUUCACCUUAUCUCCAACAAUUAAUUUGACUCCCAUUGAAAAAAAUAUCUGUAAACUAUUAAAUGAUUAUACUCUACAUUAUAAUGAAUUACAUAAGCACACUACUGUGGAACCAUUAACUUUAAGAAUUACAGGUGGAUGGGUUCGUGAUAAAUUAUUAGGUCAAUCUUCUCAUGAUUUGGAUAUCGCUAUAAACAUAAUGUCAGGAGAAUCAUUCGCAAUGGGAUUAAAUGAUUUCUUAAAUAAGCAUUAUCAAAGAUAUGGUAUUAAACCUCAUUCCAUUCAUAAAAUUGAUAAAAAUCCUGCCAAAUCAAAACAUUUGGAAACUGCUACAACAAAAUUGUUCGGUGUAGAGGUAGAUUUCGUUAAUCUAAGAGCUGAAGAAUAUACUGAAUUAUCAAGAAUCCCAAUAAUGACCAAAUUUGGUACUCCAUUGGAAGAUGCACUAAGAAGAGAUGCUACUUUAAAUGCAUUAUUUUAUAAUAUUCAAAAAAAUAAAAUUGAAGAUUUCACUCAAAUGGGCUUGAAAGAUUUGAAAAUGGGAAUACUUAGAACUCCAUUGCCUCCAAGGAAAACAUUCCUAGAUGAUCCAUUACGAGUAUUGAGAUUAAUUAGAUUCGCUUCAAGAUUUAAUUUUAAAAUUGAUGAAAAAGUUCAAAAGGAAAUGAAUGAUCAUGAAAUUAAUGUCGCAUUCAAUUCUAAAAUUUCAAGAGAAAGAAUCGGAGUCGAAAUGGAAAAAAUAUUAAACGGUCCAAAUCCAUUAUUGGGUUUAGAUUUAAUUCAAAAAAAUCAUUUAGAUAAUGUAAUAUUCUUCUGGCACAAUGAUGAAAAUGUUAUUAAAUUUAAUAAAGAGAAUUUAGAUAAAAAUGAUUUGCUUCAAAUUACUAAAAUCUAUGACCAAGGAAUAUUAAAUAAUCAUUUGAAAAAUUUAAUUAGGAACUUUCAAGAAUUCGUUUCAAUACCGUUAAUUAAAUCUACAAUAAAUGAGUUUUUCACGGAAAAUAGCGAUAGUUCUUUGAAACAAAAUUUCAUAUUAGCAUCAUCAUUAACUCCAUUCGCUAAUUUGAAAAUAAUCGCACUGCCAAAGAAAAAGUUAAAUAAUACAAUCACCGUAUCAGAAAGUAUAAUUAAAGAAGGUUUGAAACUAAGUAAAAAUGACGCCAAGAUCGUUUCACAAGUAAUUGAUUUGUUGAAAGACUAUCAAGGUAUGAUUAAGAAAUUUGUAAACGCUUCUUCUUCUUCUACAUUGAAAACCAAAGAACAGAAAUUAAAGAGAUCUGAAGUGGGUAUGUUCUUAAAAAUAUUGAAUGGCCAUUGGCAGUUAAUUCAUUUCGUGUCAUUGCUUAAUGAAUAUUUGAAUUUAUUAAAAGAAAACAAUCAAUACAAGAAUCAAUUACUAAUAAACUCCUUAUUCAAUAAAUACGAGUCAUUCUAUGCAUUUAUAUUUAAUGAAAACCUACAAAAUUCACAUGAAAUAAAACCUUUAGUUGAUGGGAAAAAACUAUUAACAUUGUUAAAAAUGAAACCUGGCCCAUGGCUAGGUAAGAUUAAUAAUGCUUCAAUCAUUUGGCAAUUCGAUAAUCCAGACGGCAAUGAAACUCAACUAGUAGAAUAUAUCAAGGGUAUUUUGCAACAGCAGGGACAACUGUAG